AUCAGUCAGUCAGUCAGUGACAGGUGAUGCAAAAAAUCGUAUUAUUAUUCUGCAGCAGAGGAAGAAAACAACAGUGGUGGAAUUUUAAUCGCAAAUUUUAGCAUUAAAAUCGGCGUUUAUUCCCAUUUUAAUUAAGUUUUCCUAGUGCAUUAUGGAUUCCGUUACGAUCCUGGACGGUUACUUACGCAAAGCAGUUAAUCCCAAAAAUGCCGAUCUCGACAUCUCCGCCAUCGAUCAGUUUUGUCUUACGCUGAAAAAGGAUCCUACGCUGAUAACGGUGGCCCCUUCCCUGCUAGCCGGUCGCAUUCAGUCGGGGAACAGCAAAGAAGCGCUGCUGGCGCUUGAUGCACUAGAGGAAUGUAUGGAGACGUGCGGGAAAGAAUUCCGGUCAGAGAUCAACAAAUUUCGUUUCCUGAACGAGCUGAUUAAGCUGGUGUCGAAAAAGUUCGAUGGUGAUAAGACACCCAAGGAGGUUUCAGAAAAGAUCCUGAACGUUCUCUUAACCUGGACGAAUAAAUACGAAAACUGUGGGAAAAUACAGGAAGCCUACAAUUUGCUUAAGACACAGGGAAUCGAACAUCAUCCUCAGCAGAACAUUGUGGUAAAGAGCACUCAAAAGAAUGAAGCACGAAGCAGCUUGGACGAAAAGGAGUUUGCCAAACUCCGGCAGCUAAUCAAUAGCAGUAAGCAGGAAGAUCGGGACAAAGCCAAUCUACUCAUUCAGAACUUCUACCGUGACGACGAACGACGCACCCAGAUGAAAAAUCGGCGAUUCGCAGAACUGCAGAAGGUGGCCGAGAACACCAAACUUUUGGACGAGAUGCUUUCGCAGUACCGGCCGGGGGAAAGCUCGGAGGACGAGCUGGCAAUUAUUCGGGAAAUUUUCGAAUCAUGCGAAGGGAUGCAUCCGACCAUUAUUCGUCUAGCAGAGGAAACGCAGCACAGUGAAGGAAUGUUGGAUCUAUCCCAUCAGAACGGAGUACAGAAUCUAGCAAAAUUUUGGAGUCUAGCCAGUGAAUUUGAAAAAAUAUUCGAGGUGAAUGAUAAUCUAACGCAGGUGCUGGACAAAUAUCGGCUGCUAAUUUUGAAGACACCAUCUUCUGAACACAAACCGGUCAAUUCCGCCAUUAGUUCGUCCGCAUCCCAGUCGAAAAGUUCAGAUUCGGUUUCAUACUCACCCAAUAUCACCGUGCCGGAUCCACUUGAUAGUCUAUUUGACAUUUCAACCAUUCCCUCGAGUAGCGAACCAGCACGCAAUGCGUUGGACGAUCUCAGUGAAAUAUUCUCCGCUUCUAUUAGCACCGAUGAUGGUGUGGCGGGUUCCAAGGAGAAUGCUUCUACCUCAUCGGCGGCAUCUAUAGUGAACACCGACACAAUACUGACCCCAGUGGUGAUGAGCAAUGGAACUAACGCACCACAGUUGGAUUUUCUGACGGCAGCUGCUACGACGAACGGAUUGAAUAAGUACAGUGGCAUUUCGAAUUUGGCGCAAGGUAGUUCAAAUGGUCAUGCGAGUGCUAACAUGAAAUAUGCACCGUCAAAUGUAGAAACAAACAAAAAGCCUUCCAGUACUAGUACCAAUAGCACCAAACUUGAACCUUCAAGUGGUGGUAAAACGAUACCUGAUCUAGACUUUUUAGUCAGUGGAAUGAAGACCACACUUCUAUCGCAAUCUAGUGUGAAAUCAUCCUCGGAAGAAACUCCGCAGUCUAAUGAGUUGGCCUCGAGUGAUGACGACGAUAAAGUAUUGAAUCCAGUCACUCCAACUGUAGACGUUCCUGUCCCAUUUCCACCGACACCUGUGGAACUUCCGCCAACAGAGGUCCCCAAAGCGAAACCGGAAUUCAAAUCCCUAGCCGAGAUAGUCGUGGACCUGGACAAUAUUCAACCUAGUCGGGAGCCGUCCCGAACGGUACUUAACGAAAAGGAUGGCCUUCAGAUAACGCUCAACUUCGCCAGCGACCACCCGAGACCGGAUGUCACCGUGAUCGUAAUUUCCACAAUCAAUCAAGGCCGCGAAGAAAUACCCAGCUUUCACUUCGACGCCAGUGUUCGAAAGCCGUGUAAAUUGCGGCUACUGCCUGCUUCCAGUACAAGCCUCCCGGGUACGAAACCGUUCCGACCGCCGGCGGAUGGUAUUACACAGGUCCUUCUGUUGGCAAAUCCCGCCGGGGAACCAGUCGACUUGACCUGUAUUCUCACGUACUGCGUUGGGGACGAUCCGGAUCCGAUCAAAGACUCGAUAGUGAUGAAAGAGGUUCCCUUCGUUAGGGAAUAGUGACCGAUCUGUGCUAUGCAUGUCCGAUUUGAUUUGAUCGUUAUGUAAGCGAUAGAAAGGUAGUCUGUGAUUACGGGGCAUUAUGUUUCAUUAUUUUCCUUAAGCUUUCGAAAAGGCAACUAUAUAUUAGAAGCGCAAUCAUCCUUUGGGGCCCUGUUUCAGUUGAUUGCAAGACCCGGUAACCUUGGUGAGGUCCAUCGUAGGGCACACAUUCUGACAAGGAGAGAAACAAUUCAAUUUUCUAUACCCAAAAGGUAGAAAUAUCACACUAUUGCAUUGCUUUAAGUCGAGCUGUUUGUAGCAAGUCGAUUAUUUUAACUAGUAUUGUAAAAAUAAAAUCAUUAUCCUAUCUUAACAUUUGACCGAAGAAAUAUCAAGUGUAUUAAAUAUUGAAA